GAACAAUCAUGCACCCAAUCCUAAAACAUAUAAAUUUGAAGAUUUGAAAAAGAAUAAUGGAUAAAUAUUUACUUGUUUUAGUUCAAGUCGUGUACUGCUCUUUGUUGUAAAUACCCAUACACCUGUAGAACAAAAUAUUUACCUAAAACAGUAUCCUGCAAAGUAGCUUUCAGAUACGUAAAUAUAGUGGGGUGCAAUAUUUAUUGCUAGAAGUGUUACACAAUAGAAAUAAGAAAUACAGUCAUGAGCAAAUGUACUUUCUAGAACUAUCCAACAAUAAUGUAGAGAACAUAUAAGUUCCACCAGAUUCUAGACUUACACAUCAGUAAUAAUAACACAAUAGCAGUACAUACAUUAUGAGAAUACAGUGCCGAUUAUGCUUGAGUGAUGCAUUUACUUUUAAUACUUAAGUAUAGUGGUAAUAAUUCUGUACUUUUAUCAAAGUAAAAUUGUAAAAACCUUUUAGUUGUAAUUUUGUAAUAAUGCUAUAUAGUGGUAUCUGGUAUCUGUAUUUUUACCAAAUAAAAUGAUCUAAAUACAUCUUCCACAAAUGCAAAUAAGGCAUUGGAACAAAUGCAACAUGCAGUAUAUAAAGCUGGGUAUAGGUCAGUGUUCCAGGUACUCCUGUUAGUUGGUUAGACUCACUGACUGAAAAUAAUAUACUCAGCUUUUACUCUGUUGUUUAACUGGAUCAUAUGAUUUUUUGGGGAACUAAACAAAAAUGUGACUCACAACAACGCUGUAAAACGUGACGGGAGAAGUUGAAUUGCUCUAUAAAUGAUUAGAAACUGACUAGAGUGAGGAUGCUGGCGUGUAUUUAUAUGUCACAUAGGCAGGACUAUUGGUUGGAAUUCUGGGCCUCCAUAAAUUUCCUCUUGGAAGAUACAGACCUUAAAUGUUUCAACUCAGUUACCUUUACCACAUAUUCCUUUAUUUGGAGUGAAAACCUUAAUAAACAACAAGAACCACCACUGUUUCCGAUAUUGUGACAUGAUGAUGAGGAAAUUUCACUGCAAACAAAGUAUACUUUUACAGUUUAUGUUAGAAAGGUUGUACUAACACUCUAACACAUCUGGAUAUAGAAGUUUUCACACUCACAAACAUGUGGAAAUAAUCACAUGCAAGACAAAAAAUUCCUCUUCCUGCCAUUUAUUGUUCUGUUUUUGUUAAUCAUCUAUAGGACUGUGAUUUCAGUCCUAAAGAUAACAUAGUCACAGUAUAAUUAUUGGCAGUGAUACAUAGACAUGUAGGUCUUAAUUAAUAUUAUUUCUAAGGUAUGUUGAAGUGUUUGAUGGCAUUUUUUGACAUUUUGACAUUUUAUCUUUUUCUUUUUUUAAUACUGAUUUGUAGUCUGAAAUAAAGGAAUUAAAUGUUCUUUGAGUUACAACAAACCCUGAAACAGGAAACUGCUUUUGACCUAAGUUUUUUCUCACAUUACAAUUCUGCUAAAAUGGUCAAUUGGCACACCCUUGGUUAAUGGAUGUAGGCUUGUAGAUUUGUCUCUUUGUGAAGGGGAUCUCCUUUGUGAGAUUGCAACAGCGUGCUGUUGUAAGACUCAAAAACACCCACUUAAAAACAUCAGAAAAAAAAUUCUUUCCGUUAAUUUACCCUCUGUAACCAGGUAAAAACCUCUGCAACUGCUGACAAUGGUCUCACCCACAAAUACAAAAUGUAUUUUCAGUAAGUGAGUGGAGGGUAGGCAGCUGACUCUCACUUGUUCCAUUACAUAUCAUUCCUGAUUGUUUUGUCAUUUACGUCAAGAAACAGAAGUGAGAAGUUACAUUUGGCAGCAAGCGGCACAGUAAAAAGGAACCUCAGAGUGUAUGCUUUCUCAGCGAGACGAACGUGAGUACUUAAAUAAAAAGUAACAAGUAUGUCUGUGGAUUACACUGAGUAUGACGAUUACACCCCAGUCAAUGAAACUGAGACCAAUACUACCACAGCUGGACUACUGACUUUGGACACUUCUCAGUCUUCUUUGACUCAUGUUCUGAUGGCAGUCAAUAUAAUUAUAACUGUUAUUGGACUUGGAGGAAAUUCAUUAGUGAUCUGGAUCUGUGGAUGGAAAAUGAAAAGAACGGUCAUCACCACCUGGUACAUCAGUCUGGCCAUUUCAGAUUUCUUGUUCUGUGCAUUUCUGCCCCUGAACAUAUUCUAUAUGAUAACCUCACACUGGCCUUUUGGACUGGUCUUGUGCAAGCUCUCCUCCUCCGCCCUGUUUCUCAACAUGUACAGCAGCGUGUUUCUGCUGGUUCUGAUCAGCGCUGAUCGCUGUUUAAUGAUUUCGUUUCCUGUUUGGUCACAUAACCAUCGGACAGUGCGGAGGGCGUUUGUGGUUGUCAUCCUCAUGUGGCUUCUGUCUGCUCUCCUGACGUUGCCCUCACUGAUCUUUAGACAAACCACAGUCCAUGAUUCAGUCACUCAGUGCUACAUGAAUUAUGAGAACAAGUCCAGACACAAGGCGGUGGCACUGACUCGAUUCAUCUGUGGGUUCCUGAUUCCUUUCCUGAUGAUUGUCUUCUGCUGCUCUGUGCUCGGUGUGAAGCUCAGAAAUUUGACCAUCAAGUCAACAAAGCCUUACAAAGUCAUGGUGGCGCUGAUCUUGUCAUUUUUCUUCUGUUGGGUCCCCUACCAUACCUUUGUUCUUCUGGAGUUGGACUUGAACAGACACAGCCUGGAGGUACUUCAGACUGGAUUGAAGGUGGGGGCCACCCUGGCAUCAGCAAACAGCUUCAUAUCCCCAGUUCUAUAUGUCUUCAUUGGUAAUGACUUUAAACAAACACUGAGGCGCUCUUUGACAUCAAGAAUAGAGGAGGCAAUGGCAGAGGAUUUUCGUACAGGUGGUCUCAACCACUCAAAGUCCAAGUCAAUGGAAAUUAUCUAAAAUUAAGUUGAAACCUUUCUCAUCAAUGGCACAGAGGACUCCACCAUAUAAAUCAUGAUUAUAGAGCUGGGUGGUCCAACAAAAUUGCAUGUUUAGCUUUGGAUAAGUAUUGGUUACAGCAAACUGUAUAUAUCAGUUAGUUAUUUAUCAUGAUGAUAAAACCAUUGACAAUAAUUUUGUGUCUUUUAAUUUAAAAAAAAAAAUAAUUCCGAUAUUUAGUAUUUUAUAGAUUGUUUUCAUUUCUGUGAAAAUUUGUUUUGGGUGCUGUUAUGUUUGCAAACCAGCUUGCUUCAAACUGCACCUUGAGGCCUGAGUAAAGUUUUUUGAAUUGAAUCAAAUGUAUCAUUUGCAACACAUUGAAAUUUAGUUGAGUUAACUGUAAGUAAGAGAUAACAGAAGUGAAACAUUCACAUGACUUAUCAAAAACUAUGUGUUUCUAUGAAAUGUUCUUGAAAAACAAAUAUCUCUGUUAUCAAUCUUAUUAUUAGAAAUUGGUGUGUGGUCAAAAUUUACAGAGGAAAGUAAACAAAAUGACUGAUGUACUUUCAUUGUCCUGACUUUCUUCUGCAAAGUUCUGUAAAUUGAAACUGUAACCCUAGCAGGCAGUACUGUUGUAUAUCAUGUUUGUGCUAUUUUAUGUUCAGUAAAGUUGAUUUAAAAAAUAUUAAAUCUGAACUUAAUGUUAACCUAUAUCAAUUAAAAAUUGCAAUGUGAA